AUGGACAAAAGCUGGAUGACUGAGCCCAAUAGACUUCGAUCACCUGCUUAUGCUGCAGGCGUUAACAAUUUUCUUGAGAUGGCGCAAAACCAUGCUAGGGGAAGUCAUCGCAUUCGGUGUCCAUGUCGAAUAUGUUCUAAUAAUCUCUUCCUGCCUUUACUUACCGUAGAGAGUCACUUGUUCAUAAAUGGGAUCGAUCUGAACUACACUGAAUGGAUUUUCCAUGGUGAGGAGGAAACCCGAAAUUUCGAUGUGGACGAUGAAGAAGUUGCUGUUAGUGAUGAAGAUGAAUUCAUCGAUGAUAUGGACAAUAUGUUAGAUGACAUAUUGGCUGGGACAAACGUCGAUGUUCCCCAAAGUAGCACUCCAUUGCCGAGCCGGGAUUCAUUUCCUGAAGCAUUACCAGUGUCAUCGUUUGACGAGCUAUUAGAGGAUGCUCGACGUCCACUUUUCGGCGGUUGUACAAAAUUCUCUAAACUUUCGUUCAUUGUGAAAUUGUUACACAUAAAAACCCUUGGUGGCUGGUCAAUCAAGUCAUUUGAUAUGCUCCUUAACUUGUUGAAGUCUGCUUUUCCGGAUGCUGAAUUGCCACUCUCAUAUGAAGAUGCUCGUUCAUUGGAGCGAGGUUUGGGCUUCAAGUACAACAAAAUUCAUGCCUGCCCCAAUGACUGCAUCUUAUAUUGGAAGGAAUAUUCAGAACUAAAUUCAUGCCCUAUAUGUAAGGCCUCAAGGUGGAUGUCAACUACAAAUGGGACCCAGGUGAUCCCGCAUAAGGUGUUGCGGCAUUUUCCUUUAAAGCCAAGAUUACAGCGGCUUUUCCUGUCUACAAAGAUAGCAGCUGAAAUGAGAUGGCAUAAAGAGAAGCGAGUGACAGAUGAUAAUUUUCUGCGUCAUCCUGCUGACUCUAAGUCUUGA